AAGAAAACCCCUUGUUGCAGUGGGGGGCUGGCCACUGACAGAAGCUCCAUCCACGCUGACUGAUGCUCAGCAGCCCCCGAUCGACCGUCUACAUUCCCACUGUACGACCCUUUUUACGCGCAAAAACCAAAAUGAGAGGCUUGACUCCUGCGGCGACGCUGCUGUGGCUGAUGACAAUACCGUGCGCGCAGGCGAUCCACGGAUUAUACAAUUUCGGCCAGCACGAGUUGUUCCACAAGAAGAACCACUGCAAGCCGAUCCCCGCCAACCUGCUCCUGUGCCACGACAUCGAGUACGCGGAGAUGCGCCUGCCCAACCUGCUCGGACACGAGACCAUGAGCGAGGUUCUGCAGCAAGCCUCGUCCUGGAUCCCGCUGGUGCAGAAGCAGUGUCACCCGGACACCAGGAAGUUCCUGUGCUCCCUGUUCGCGCCCGUGUGCCUGGACGACCUGGACGAGCCCAUACAGCCGUGCAGGUCCCUGUGCGAGAGCGUCAAGCGCGGCUGCGCGCCCGUGAUGUCCGCGUUCGGCUUCCCGUGGCCGAAGAUGCUGGACUGCGAGCGGUUCCCGUUGGACAACGACCUGUGCAUCCCGCCCGCCGGCGUCGACAACGCGGUGCCAGCCACUAAAGAAGUGCCCAGAGUGUGUGACGCCUGCAAGGAGACGGAUGAAAAUGACAACGAAAUUGUGGACAACCUGUGUAAGAAUGACUUUGCCCUGAAGAUCAAGGUCAAGGAGAUCUCCUACAUCAACGGCGACACCAAGAUAGUGCCGGAGACCAAGAGCAAGACCAUCUACAAGCUGAACGGCGUGACGGAGCACGACCUGAGGAAGACGGUGCUGUGGCUGAGGGACGGCCUGCAGUGCAUCUGCGAGGAGAUGAACGACAUCAACGCCGCCUACCUGGUCAUGGGCCAGAAGUUGGACGGCCACCUGGUCAUCACCUCGCUGAAGCGCUGGCAGAAGGGCCAGCGCGAGUUCAAGAGGAUUUCCCGCAGCAUCCGCAAGCUGCAGUGUUAGGAAGGAAGGAAGGAGGGGGGAAGAGAAGAGAAAAAACUGUAUGUGUUACUGUUGAAGACGAAGUUCAGUUGAGCUCUUUCCCCCCCCCGUUCACAUUUUCAUGAUUGGUUUGCGCUCAAAUAUUAAUAUGCAACAAAGGGGUUUCCAAAGACAACAUCCUUCCACCUGUCACCCUCGGUUUAUCAUUUAAACAGGUUUGAUAAAAUAGACACGGGGCAAAUAUAAGUAGAGCCCGACCGAUACGGAUUUUUGGGGGCCGAUGCCGAUAUCGAUAUAUGGGAGUACAAGAUCCCCGAUACAGAUACAUCAGCCAAAAUAUAUAUAUAGAGAUUUUUUUUUAAUCGGUCAAUGAUUCCUAAAAUGUCAUUAUCAAACCUUUGUGACGAAGACAUGUGAUUGAGGCUUGAUGCUUUUGUUUAACCAUGAACUUUACCACAAAUAACUAUAAAUUGAUAUUUCAAUUACAACCAAAUACACAGAAGUUAUAACCAACAUUGAAAGGCUCAAAUCAGUUGGCCGAUAACAUCGGUCGGGGCUCUGCAUAUAAGACUGCAUGGCUAAAAUAACUUUGUUUGAUCCUAUAAUCUUAAGGAUUUUUCUGGAAGGUUGCCUUGCACACCAGUAGAUGUAAUGAAGCUUCACAUUAAUCCAUAAGGCCAAAAUAUUGACCUUAUGUUUCCAAAUACCCCCCCCCCCCCACCCACCCACCCAAUUGUACCCGGUGCAGACGCAAAGGUUAGUAAAUAUAGAAAUAGAAAUUGAGAUUUUUGUGGCUUUCAUCCAACGUCUCACUGAGCCCCUCCCUCCCUCCCUCCCUCCAUCCCUCCCUCCCUCCAUCCCUCCGAGGAGCCGUCUUCGCUGUCACCUCAUUAAUUGCAGUUAAUUGCCCCUCAGCCCUGGUGUCCCUGAUGCAGAGGAAUCUGUAAUUGCAUGUGAAAUCUUUUUCUUUCUUUUCUUUUUUUUUUUUUUUUUUUACUAUCCAGCAUUUAAAAAAAGAAAAAAAUGACUCUAAUAACCAGUGGCAGAUGUGGGCCUACUGCUAAGUCCUGCAGAUGGGGGUGAGUUUAUCAUUCUUAAAAACAAUAUUUUUCCUUCUCCUCUCCAGGAAACAAAAAAUGUUUUUCUGCCUCCUGUGAGGAGGGAGGCCACAAACAGGGUCAGAUGAUCCACAGCAGGAAUUGUUCAAAAGUCCUAUUAAAAAAGAGAACAACUUGUAUUCCCACGAGUCCAAGGCCUCGACUGCUCGAGGCGGGACUCCACGAUUAAAAUUCUAUAUUUCUAAAUUACGUAUAUGCAUCCCAUGAAAACUAAUUUCUAGUUGUCCAAUUACAAAAAAUGUCAUUUUGUGAGGCGCACGCUGAGUGCAGCUGUGAUCCCCAAUAUCCAAUAACACAAAACCUUUGUGUUUUUUUAUAUUCCUACCAUUUUCUCAAGUAAAACAUGAGAGAUAGCUGGCUAUAUUCUCUUCCUGUUCAACUUUUUAAUAUUCUUGGCAAACCCUUUUUUUGUACUUGAGCCAGUGCAUACUUUUCUACGGCAAUAUGAUAACUGAUAUUUUUCUACGGCAGACUUUCACUUGUCAUUUAAACUUUUUAUGUAAAGUUUGGUUUGCAUCUUCAUCCCGUUGUUUGAGUAGCAAGAUGAAUAUCGGAGUUUUUGGUUGGCGGCGUUGAUUUGAUGAGCAGUGAUUUGGUUUGGCGCAGAUAACCAUGAUGUGGUGUGUGUGUGUGCAAUGUAAAGAAAAAAUUGUUUUUCCUUUUUGAAAAUAUAAGCGUGUAAAUAUCUAAUACAGUCCAUUCUAUUCUUCUACAAUGUUUCUGGCUAUUAAAAGCUGCCAACAUGGUUUUAAAAUCGCCCACGAACCGAGUGAUGUGUUUAUAAGAAAUAACAAAGUUCGGAAACCGAUAUAGUCAUGAAUAAAAGGGGAUUACAAAAAUAAUCCUAAUAAUCCACGGGGAUAAACAGCGGAAUAAAAAUCUGCACAAUGAAUUAUUGAUCAAACACCGCCAUCUUGUGGACGUCGGUUGUAAAACUCGCUCUUCAUUUGGAUGCUUUAAGAGGAAUGUGGCCGCCAAGUGUAUGAACUUCAGAUCUGAAUUUACAAUUUGUUUUUCCUAUGAAAUAUUUGCACCAUCUUGUUAAACAAUUGAGGGCUGUAAUGCUACAAAAUAAGAAUCAUACAGUUGUGUUAAAUGUGGGCCUUUAAUGUUUGUAUACAUUUACUUUCAUAUCGCGUUUUCUAUGUGUUGACCAUGUGGCACCUGUUUUGUUUUUGUUCCUGAUACUCAUUUGUUGGUUUUUUCAUAACUUGAUUACUGUGGGGAAGUUCUCGUACCGCUCACAAACUGUGGCUUUGAGUUGAGGCCCGAGGCUUAAAAGAUAUUCCACGUAUUGUCUAUUGGCGCGUAAACUUUUCGGGAGUUUGAAUUCUUGCCUUGUAUUUUGAAACGGAUGAAUGAUCUCUCUGUAACUUUUAUUUUGACAAGUGUCAUAUUAAAAUAACUCUUACUUACCCACCAAAA